UACAAUAAUUUCCAGCUCUACCACCUCUCCCGCUCCUUCCUCCACCACUACCACUACUUCCGCUCCCGCCGCCGCGCCCGCACCAUCCCCUUCGACGACUCCCCUCUCGCCGCCGCCAAGCUCAAGCGCUUCACCUACUCCGACCUCAAGCUCGCCACCAACGACUUCCACGACUUCUCCGUCAUCGGCCGCGGCGGCUCCGCCACCGUCUUCCGCGCCAUCGCCCGGGACGGCAAGCUCUACGCAGUCAAGCGCCUCGACUCCGCCGCCCUCACCCUCAACUCCGAGCGCGAGUUCCAAAACGAGCUCCACAUCCUCGGCGGCCUCAAAUCCCCCUUUUUGGUCACACUAUUGGGCUACUGCGUCGAAAAAAAGCACCGAUUGCUGGUCUACGAGUACAUGCCCAACAAGAGCCUGCAGGAGUGGCUGUUCGGCGAGGGCAAUUUGGGGAUGGAGGUUCUGACCUGGGAGAGGCGGUUCAGCGUGAUUGCCGACGUGGCGAGAGCGCUCGAAUUCCUCCACACGGGGUGCGACCCUCCCGUGAUUCACGGCGACGUCAAGCCCAGCAAUGUCCUCCUCGAUUUCGACCUCCGGGCCAAGAUUUCGGACUUCGGGUUGUCCCGGGUCAAAGGGGAACCCGAAUUCGGGCCCGAUUUGUUCACGAGCCAGGAGCUUUCCGGGAAUUUGACGCCGUUGGAGAGCAGUGCGGCUAAUAACGAGGUUGUGGAGAGCAGUGCGUCUAAUCCCAAGCAGUUGAUGUAUGAUUUUUUUUUAAUUUAUUGUAAUAAUGAGCUGGAAAUUAUUAAAAAUUAA